CAGAGGAGGACACAGAAAUCAUUAGUUGCGGGUCAUGUAGGUUUAAAAUUCUCUUUUAUCUAGCCGAACCAAACAGUAUGAUUUCAUCAAACCUAAACUGAGCCUGCCAUUGUUGAUCCCAUCUAUGUGAAACAAUACUUUCUCACAGCUGGGCUGGAUCAUGAGGCCUUACAGUGAUGCAACACAAACACACAUCUGAAACAAAUGGACCUUCUCAGGCCCGGACAAAUCCUCUGACCGCUCCUUUGAGAAUCAAAAACAUCUCCUUGCAAACUAAAGUUUUGCUCCUCAAGAGAAACAAAUCAAUUAAAAAGAAUUCUUAAAUUUACCAAAUGUUAAAAAAGGUAAAUUUGCCUGUUCUUUUCAGAAGUAGCACCUGAAAACAAAACAAACUGUUACAGUGGCUGGAAGUACUUCAGAGACCCUUCAAAUAUUUGUAUAAGCAAAAACACAGCAGCAAAGAGCAAAGAAAGCUCAGAUAAGUGACAAAGUAAAGGAGCGGGUGUUGCAUCCUGUCAAACUAAAUGAAGAGGCUCCAUGCUGCCUUCAGUUCCCUCUCCCACGCCACGGUCCAAAACUAAAAUGACCUCAUGAUUUCCAGGCUCCCUGCAGGACACCACAGAUGGUUUUAGUCCUAUGGUUUUAGUCCUAAUCACACACACACACACACACACACACACACACACACACACACACACACACGUUUAAACUCUUCUUGGUUACAUGCUCUAAAGGCAAAAAUUAUCAAAAAAAAAAACACAAAGUCAUAUUUGUAUGUUUUAAACUCAAAAAGCAUAGUCUGUGGAAUUACGUGAAAUUGUCUAAGAUCCACUGAUAACAGGGAAAACUCUCUGUUUUCAGCUCUACAGUUCAGGAAAUGAUUCUUGAAACAUUCGGUGUAAUUCUCCCACAGCUCCCUCAGUGAUUUCUCCAGUUCAGAGGAAAUCCCUGAAGAGAGUCUGAGUCUCUUUGAAUACUCAGUUUCCUGUCUUCACUGUACAGCCUCUACAGUCCUCUGUCCUGGACGAACUCUCCUCCUCACCUCCUCCAUCAUCCCAUCGCUACGACUCCACAUAUUUAUUUGGGAAAUGGUUAUGAGAGUCAUAGAGAGGACACUUACAAGCUUGAGUGCCAGCAAAUGCAGCAGAGCCCAAAUGUCAGCAGCACUGAUGAGUUUAAUCAAACCAAGCAUAUGAAAAUAAUGAUGUACAAUAAAAACCACACUCACAUUUUCUACUGUGCAGCGGUGUAAUCGAAUCCAUCACACAAAGUGAAGAAAAGUUCACAGCUAAAUGUCGGGUACUGUAACAGCUGACCCAGAGAAAGGAGAUCAGCCAUUCAGGGUGCAGUCAAGCUUAACUAACACAAGACAAAAAUUAUACUAAUAUUCAUCAGCCAGAAAGACCAGUUCAGACAAUAGCAUUGUUAAUGAUUGAGCCAUAACAGAGUAGUACUUCAAAGACUAUAAUAAUCAUAAUUUUAAAAAAGGAAGAAUUAACCACUAAACUUAAAAACUGGCUGAUUUACUAUAUUGUUGAAGUGGAAUAAACAUAAAAAAUUUCUUUAUAUGAAUUGUGAGUUGAAUUUGACUGUGCUAAAUAGGGGUGGGAGAAAAAAAUCGAUACAGCAUAGUAUUGUGAUAUUUUGUCUGGUGAUAUAUUGUAUCCUCUCAUUUACCAAGUAUCAAUUUUUCAAAUUAAUUGCUAAUAUAAAGUCAAAUCUAUGAUAAUGGAGAAAUAAUAUCAACUGUUUGUCUAGUGAGGGGACAUCAUACAGCAGGUGAAAGUUAGUGCAACUUAUAUAUAAGGUUACAUGAAAAUAAAACACCAGCCACCUUCGUGGGAGAGACCGGACAUCCCCGCCAAGCUCCGCAGGAGAAGCAGAGGAUGCAGAGCCGGAGUUCAGCAUCGGGCGAAGCGGAGAUGUUAUAAACCAACUGUCCCGUCCAUUAUCAUGGACGGAGUAACUUCUUUGAGGUCUCUCCCCAACAAGAUGGAAGGGCACACAGCGCUGACUCGGCUGCAGUGGGAGUACCGGGAGUACAGCCUCAUGAUGUUCACUGAGUCAUGGCUGAACGAACUUACUCCAGACUCGCUCAUAACUUUGGAUGGAUUCAUCUCGUCAGAGCGGACCGGAGCAUGAGGGAGAGUGGUAAGAAGAAAGGAGGCGGGAUAGCGGUGUAUGUGAAUGAGAGAUGGUGUAAUACUGGGCACAUCAGUGUUAAAGAGCAGCACUGCUCUAAGGACAUUGAGCUGCUGGCUGCAAGUUUGCGGCCAUAUUACCUGCCGAGGGACUUUUCGCACGUAAUCGCGUUAACUGUUUACAUCCCCCCUCGGCUGAUGCUGCUGCAGCCUGUGAACUCCUCCAUAGUGAAGUGUCCAAGCUACAGACAUCACACCCUCAGUCUCUGAUCAUCAUCUCUGGAGACUGGAGACUCAUGCAUUGCUCUCCUCCACUCUCCCUACCUUCAGCCAGUAUGUGAAUUGCCCAACAAGAGACAAUAAAACUUUGGACUUACUGUAUGCAAACACCAAGGAUGCAUACACCUCUUCCCCCCUCCCCCUGCUGGGCUGCUCAGAUCGCAACCUGCGGAGACUGCAGCCCAUUUACAUACCUAUGGUGAAGAAACAACCCCCCACCAUCAGGUAUGUAAAGAGAUGGUCUGAGGAGGCCACUGAGGCGCUGCAGGACUGUUUUGAGACCACAGACUGGGAUGUACUGUGUGGCCACACAUGGUGAUGACAUCAACACCAUGACAGAUUGUAUCACGGACUAUAUAAACCUCUGUGUUGAGAACACCAUACCCACCAGGAAAGUACGGUGUUUCUCCAACAGCAAACCUUGGGUGACGAGAGGGGACAGGGAGUGGGCCAACGAGCUGAAUCUGUUCUUCAAUAGAUUUGACUCUGCUCCCACUCCUCCCCCGACUCAUCAAACCAACGACCCGUCUGCUGCUUCUUCUUCACACCACCUCAGUUCUAUGGCACCGGCAUCAUCAUCAUCCCCCCCCCCCCGCCACUCAUCCUCCACCAACCCCUCCAGCACCACCCCCAGCCUCUCCAUAACAGCUGACCAGUUGAGAAGUAAGCUGAGGAAGAUGAAGCCAAGGAAAGCCACGGGUCCUAAUGGCAUCAGCUCCAGACUCCUGAAGGACUGUGCAUUCCAGCUCUGUGAGGUGCUACUGCACAUCUUCAGCUUGAGCCUGAGUCUGGAGAGGGUCCCAGCACUGUGGAAGACUUCCUGCGUGAUUCCUGUCCCCAAGACAGCACACCCCAGGGAGCCCAACCACUUCAGACCUGUGGCCUUCAUCAUCACAGCUUGUCUCUCAUACAUAGCUACUGUGCAAAUGCUGGUUUCAGGAAAUAGAGAAAACUCCUACAAAUACAGUGAAAAAUUUGGCUUCAAAUUCACACAAUGAUGGGAGGUGCAGCCAAUUUGUCCACAAUAUAUACAGUCUAUGGUUUGGAUCAAAAAGUGUCCAUGAAUACAGCCAAAUAAUGGCCUAAGCCAAUGUACUUCUGUCAACUGUUACUAUGGCAACAAGAGGCUCCUCAGCAUUUUUCAAACCUGCCUCUAGAAUUCCAGGGCUUUGAUAUGUCACAGUGACACAUCAAAGCUCCUCAGCAUUUUUCAAACCUGCUUGUAGAAUUCAAGGGCUUUGAUGUGUCACAGUGACAUCAUCAUCAAGGGCAACGACAUAGACUGAUCAAAACUCCGGCAGUACACAGAAAAGUUUCAUGACCAUCCGCUCUUUCUGCAGCCCAACAGACUCAGAAUAAGCUGAUCUUCAUUCCAUCAUUCAUCCCUAUACUUCGAGAAAAAUCACGUCAUCAUGGGCAGUUUACCCUCAACCCUCUACAACCCCACCGGGUCGAACUACACUCAGCUGAAAAGGCUUGGAUCUGGAAGCUUUGGGGUUGUACUAAAAUGUAUCAAUGAGGACACCCGAGAGAUCGUCGCUGUAAAGAUCCAAAAUGCUGACAGAAACUUUAAAAAUGAGUAUAACAUGUUGAAUUUCCUCAUGACUAAAAACUUGGACGAGAAGAACAUCGUCAAGUUUAUUGAAAUGUUUCCACUUGAGAACAACAAGUCAGCCUUAGUGUUUGAGUUGAUGGAUCGGACUCUAAGUGAUCAUAUCAAAAUGACACACAUCUUCACCUCAACCCUUCUGGAUCUGGCCAGCAUCAGGAGCAUCAUCCAUCAGAUGGCCAUAGCCUUGGAUGCUCUGAAGACCAACAAAGUGAUCCACUCAGAUAUCAAGACGAACAAUAUCAUGGUGCUGGAUCGUGAAGAGCAGCCUCUAAAGGUUAGGCUUAUUGACUUUGGAUUGGCUAUUCCAACCAGGUUAGCGAAGCAGGGCUCUAGAGUACAAGUUCCACCCUGCAGGGCUCCAGAGAUUAUUUUAGGACUGCCAUUUUCAGAGUCCAUCGACAUGUGGUCUCUUGGUGUGGUGAUGGGGUACAUGCUGACUGGAUACGUAUUCUUUCCAUCAGAUGUGGAACAUACAGUUCUGCAAUACAUGGUGGAGCUUCUCGGUGCUCUUCCAGACAAUAUAGAUGGUGGGAUGUUUACCAAAGUAUAUUGCAAAAAGACCCCAUCUGGCCAAUGGAGGCUGAAGACCCCUGAGGAGUGUUUUGGUAGAGGUGCGGCGGCUGUAGACAGAAGGCGCUACCGUUUCAGAAACCUGGACCAGCUGGAAAGACUAACCCACCUUGCUAACGAGGACAAUGAUGAGAAGAAGGCGAGCAUCGACCUUUUGAAGGCCAUGCUUCAGAUGGAUCCCAGCAAAAGGAUCACCCCGAGCCAAGUCCUUGCCCAUCCGUUCAUCACCAGAGGAAACUUCCAGCAAAGCUCCAACCUCAGCAGCAGCGGAAGUGACUUGAAUGAACAGACACCCUUAUUGAACCAGGUUAAACCUGCUCCCCCCAAACACUGCCUGAAACUGGAAGAAAACUCAGAAGAUGAAUUUGUGGAGCUAGAAAAGAGAGCUCCUCUUUCCCCAUAUUCCUCAGAGGACAGUGACACUAAAGAGAACCCCAGCAGAAGCAGAAGUGGCUUGAAUAAACAGACCCCACAGACACCCUUAUUGAUCCAGGUUAAACCUGCUCCCCCCAAACGCUGCCUUAAACUGGAAGAAGACUCAGAAGAAGAACUUGUGGAGCUAGAGAUGAGACCUCAUCUUCCCCGAUAUUUCUCAGAGGACAGUGACACUGAAGAGAAGCCCAGCAGCAGUAGAAGUGGCUUAAAAAAACAGACCCCACAGACACCCUUAUUGAUCCAGGUUAAACCUGUGCCCCCUGAACGCUGCCUGAAACUGGAAGAAGACACAGAAGAAGAACUUGUGGAGCUAGAAACGAGACCUCGUCUUCCCCUAUAUUUCUCAAAGGACAGUGACACUGAAGAGAAGAUCUCAGAGGACAGUGACACUGAAGAGAAGACCUCAGAAGACAGGACCGUCUCCUCAGGUGACCCAGCUCCAGAUGAGAAGACACAGAAGGAGGAGAAGAAGAAGAGGAAGAAGAAAGGUGGAAGCUGUCUGGUCCGAUUCGGUCGGUGGCUGCGGAAGAAGCUCUGUCGCUGCACUGCAACUGUGCAUGCCACCGACUGAAUCUCUCUGGGAGAGUUUUUGCGGCGCCUCGCCUGGAGGAUCUCAUACGUGGAGUGGGGCCUGACGCCAAAAACCCACCGGACCUCUGUUCCUCACGUUCUGUCGGCGCUGUGCUCCACCUCGGGUCGACGGCAUGCGCCGUCGCUCACUAGCAGCGUGGCAGCAGUGGAGCAGCCGCCUAGGGCUGGUGCUGCGCUGCUGUUACGCUGCUGGUAGGCCGUGGCGUGUGCUGUUGGCCUCGGCCGGAGCGUAGCGCUGACAGAACGUAAGGAACAUGCUUUCGGGCUUUAGGCUUCGCUUCACGUGUGGGGUCCUCCAGGUGGGUAGCUGUGCUGUUGCAACUCUCUCAGAUCUUUCGGACGACACGGUGGCCUAGUGGUUAGCACGAUGGCCUCACAGAGAUCAGACUCGCAUGUUCUCCCCGUGUCUGUGUGGGUUUUCUCCGGGAGCUCCGGUUUCCUCCCACGUGGCCAAAAACAUGCAUAAGCAGGUUAAUUGGCGCAUAACAUUAAAAAAAAAAAAAAAAAACUGGCAGCGUGGCAGCAGUGGAGCAGCCGCCUAGGGCUGGUGCUGCGCUGCUGUUACGCUGCUGGUGGGCCGUGGCGUGUGCUAUUGGCCUCGGCCGGAGUGCAGCGCUGACAGAACUUGAGGAACAUGCUUUCUGGCUUUAGGCUUCGCUUCACGUGUGGGGUCCUCCAGGUGGGUAGCUGUGCUGUUGCAACUCUCUCAGAUCUUUCGGACGACACGGUGGCCUAGUGGUUAGCACGAUGGCCUCACAGAGAUCAGACUCGCAUGUUCUCCCCGUGUCUGUGUGGGUUUUCUCCGGGAGCUCCGGUUUCCUCCCACGUGGCCAAAAACAUGCAUGAGCAGGUUAAUUGGCGCAUAGCAUUAAAAAAAUAAUAAUAAUUAAAAAUAAAAAUACAAAUAAAAACUGUCUCGUGCUGGUGGUAGGAAAUGCGUGUCUCAACUACAGCUUUCACUACACAGCAGCAGGAGUUGGUUGGGCUUGACGUGCCGGGACAGCUUGUACACGACCCCGAACCUGUCUGGUCUCACGUGGUAUGAGACUGUAAUCCAUUGCCUGGAGGACAAAAGGUUAGGGGAAGGGGACUAACAAACCAACUCCAAAAUACACUUGAAACCAAAAAUGGUGGAAAGUUGGGCUUGGGGCUAGCAACUCCAACUCGUAAAAAAUCGCAUAUGCUAUAGAAACCCACUACAAACACACUACUACAGCAAGAGCCUAGUCAGAGAGAUUUCUCUGUAAAAGAGCCCAUGACGUGUGCAGGUCAAAACCAAAUGGAAGCCAGCUCACCGAAGAAUCUACUGAAGAUGAAGGCAAAAACCAGGAUACAAAACCUGGAACAUCAGAACCUUGUAUGAGAGCAGCAAAUCAGCCCAAGUGGCAAGCGAAAUGAGGAGAUAAAAUAUCGCACUCCUUGGUUUAAGCGAAUCACGAUGCAACGGAAGUUGCCAAACCAGACUGACUUCAGGAAAGACCAUCAUCUACUCUGGCCAUGAAGACCUGGGCCAUGACCACACCCAAGGAGUAGCGCUGAUGAUGACACCAGAGGCCACAAAGGUGUUGAUGGCGUGAGCCAAAACUGUACACACUUUGAUUUGAUUUGAUAUCUGGGUAAGGUGGUUAAUGGUGUGGUAGGUGAAGUAUUGUCUAACAGAUCUGAAUUGAAACAAUGAGAUUGAAAUCACAAAAUGUCUGUGGCGAUCAUGAUUCCAAAUAUUAUAUAACUUUUGAUUAAAUUCAUAACUUUUGAUACAUCCAGCAUGAUGCAAUCAAAGUCUGAAAUUAAGCUGCUAUUUUUUGAAUGAUGCUAUUUCGUCCCUUUAGGCACACCACAGUUAGGCCGCUGAAUCUUGCUGUAUCCUGCUGCUGCCAUGAUGUGAAAUAACACCACCGUUCUUUUGAACAUAUUUCACUUUUUAAGAGACACAGAUGGCUACAUUAAUAAGCAGAAAGUCAAAAGCUCUUCGUGGCAAAUGGAUUAAAAUAUCAGAAAAGUACUUAACUAAGCAUAGAGGUGCAGCGAAUUAUACUGAAUCCAGCAGAGGACCCCAUAUGAAGCCAAGUGUGUGGAGUGUGUGUGAAUGAAUAAGUGACUGAGCGCCCUGAGAGUGGUAGCAAGUCACAGCAGCUACUCACAGUGUUUACGUUUUUGCCUUUUUAUUGUUGUUUUUUUGCACGUUAUUUGUCUUUUUUUUCAAUUAGCAGUGUUGCGUUUUGCAUGUUCCAACCAUGGAUGUGCAUUUCAUGACUCUAACACUUUGUUUUCUUCUAAUUUUUGGAGUUUUUAAGUCCGCGUCUGGUGACCCGUUCAGCGGCUCUAUUGUUUACAGCCGUGAACAGCUGUUGGCGCUGCGCCAAGCCCGGCCACCUUCGUGGGAGAGACCAGACAUCCCCGCCAAGCUCCGCAGGAGAAGGAGAGGAUGCAGAGCCGGAGUUCAGCAUCGGGCGAAGCGGUGACGUUAUUAACCAACUGUCCCGUCCAUUAUCAUGGACGGAGUAACUACUUUGAGGUCUCUCCCCAACAAGAUGGAAGAGCUCACUGCGCUGACUCGGCUGCAGUGGUAGUACCGGGAGUGCAGCCUCAUGACGUUCACGGAGUCAUGGCUGAAUGAACUUACUCCAGACUCGCUAGUAACUUUGGACGGAUUUAAUGAAAGAAAGACAAAUGCUAAAUUAGCUGAAAGUUGAACAAAUUGUAUAAAUCCCAUUUAUUGUUUCGCAAUACUCACUAUAUCGCAAAAUGUUAAAAAAUCUCAAAGACAUCGUACUUGGCCAAAGUAUCGUGAUAAUAUCAUAUCGUGGGGCCACUGGUGAUUCCCUUCCCUAGUGCUAAAGUACUCCAGAGGCUGCUACUUCACCGGUUACUUUCUCCAAAAGGAUUUGUGUAGUUUUUGUACAUCAACAAUAUACUUAGCUAUGGUGCCACAGACAGUGCAUGAAGUAUAGUAAAAAUGCGUGCAACCUCAGUCUGUGAGUGAUAGCAUUCUCUUAAACCAACCAGUCAUAGUAACACCAUGAACACCUGGAUUAUCUAACAGGCCAGGGGUUGAAGAGGUGAGAAGCGGGGGGGGGGGGGGUUCAUAUCAAUGCGUGAGAAAUACAAUGUGUGGCGUGUGAGCGUGUGAACGGGUGGGAAUGCGUGUGUCACACGCUGAAUGCGUGAGACUUGAGAGCCCUGCAGAGCAGUAAACGCGAGACGCCGGCUUUCGCUAUUUUAGAUGGCUCAAAACCAUUACGUUUUAAUGAAUCAAUGAAUAACAUCAGCGGCGAAAAGGAGUGUUAAAAAGAUCAGGGUUCACAUGUUUUUAUUUUGUCACAAAAAGCUUCAAGCAUGGGCCAAAGCAUAGGACAACAAGUUCUAGAACCUGAAUGAAGUCAUUAAAGACACACGCUUUUGAAUCAGUCAAACGAUAAGGAAAACUUGGAUUAUUUCGCCUAGUUGUGUACUUUCAACCGCGCUCCCGUCAGGGGGGCAUUCUACGGCAGGGGUGCGUUCUACGGCACAACACCGGCGUGGAUAAGUCCUGCUUCUCGUUCUCGCAGCUUUUGCAAUGUAUCCACAGGCUCUCCAAUCACUCCAAGUACACGUUAAGAGUGUGCGCAUGAUUGGAAUAAUGGAACGCAGUUCUGCCUGUGAUUGGUUCUCGUCAGCGAAGCAGCCAGGAGGAUUUGCUGACCGUCCAAGUGUCAUUUAAAGGGCCGAUUUCUGAAGUGCUCAGUUUACGAAUUGAGUCAAUCACAUGAUAAUAAUAAUAAUAAUAAUAAUAAUAAUAAAAAAAAAAUCUCCCGACCCCGACCCCCCCCCCCCCCAAAAAAAAAAAAUUUCUCCUCGGAUCUACACGAUUCACGUAGGUCACCCUUUUCGACUUCAAAACGGCGAAUUUCGCCGAAAGGUGAGAGAUUUUCAUGCCUGAUCUAAUCCAACAGCUUCAUCAUAGAUUCCUCUUUUACAAAGCUUAUAAAUGUUCAGUUUUUCAUGACAUGAUCAGGCAGGUGAUAAUUACAUUCCCUGCCUAUCACUGAAGACACAGUAAGAGGUGCUGGUGGUGUACUGGAUUGUUUUAUUUUGGCCACUUCAUUCACAAACAAGCCCUUAGUAUCUUGAAAUCAUUCUUGUAAUUCUUAUAAGAGCAUUGCUAAAGAUGCAAACACUGGGCUAAACCAUAGAGCACACUUUUCUUGACCUUUUUGGAAGGAUUGAAAAUAUUUCAUUAAUCCAAAUCUCAUGGGAACGGUUCUACUUCCACUAUAGCAAUCUUUUGUGCUGUGAUCAUGAGACAGCACCCAGAUUCGUUUCUCAUGAUGUCACUACAAAGCUUUUGCACACUUUUUCUCUUCAGGAAGGUGGAGUUCUGUUCAUUUUUCAUAGUGAUCAUCAAGGAGGUCCUACAAAGAAAGCAUGGAAACAUAUGGAGGCUUUAAUGUGUAAUUAUGCUGGUAUUCUCUUUUUACUUCUCGCCAGCUUUCCAGAGUCUGCUAACAUGUGAGAAAAUGAAGACUUUGAUGUAUUCUGCCAUAAUCCCUCAUGUUCAGGCCGAACUCUUUUCAUUUAAUUCCACGGCAGCCAAAUCUUUUCUGGCCACUGAAGGCAUAUGGAAAGAUUAGUCCUGCAUCAAAUGAAGUUUGAUUUAUGACUCUGUGGUCAUCAUUCGGUUUAAGUUACCCAGACUGAUUCCAAGAUGUGCUGAAAGCUAAAUGAUGGGAUUACAUUCCCGACUCAGAUCUGGAAAAAGCAGAGACCCUGGCCAGGGAUAAGCAAUAAGUCGCUCUCAUGGGUUGCACACACGGGGCGCAUACACUAACACACACAUAAUGCUCUUAUGACCAGAUCAGCUCAAUUUAACACCAUUUAACAUUUUAUCCUUCUCUUUAAAAACCACUUUCCACUUCACCGACAUAUAAUCAACACAUUUAAAGCUACAGGCACAGUAGACAGUGAGGCCCAGCACUUUUGUGUGCAGACUGAAGAGUAAUGGAGCAUGCAGACAGGGAUAAUGAUGGCAGUGGGUGGGUUGAAGCCCAGGCGGAGACAUGAGAGGAUCCAUUAGGUCAAUCUGAUUGAUUCCCUUUUCCUUCUCCUAUCUGCUAAUCCUCCAAGACAACAACAUAUGGCUGAGUGACAAUAAUACCACAAACCUGUCUACACUCAACUUUCACCUUAAGCUCUCCCACACUGACCAGUAACCUCAGAUUACUACUGUGCAACAACAUGUCAACAUAUUACGAAGGACUCCACUUGGUCAAGCCAAAAAUAUCUCGACUUAAGUUCACUUGACAAUUUGUGUUUACAUUUUCCCUAGUCUGAACGGACAAGUAAUAACCUUUCUGGUUUAAAACUGUCUGUAGGAGCUCAUUCAUAAAAUGAAGCCCUGGCUUAAAGCCCCUGAGAGAUUUUUGCUGUUCAUGAGGCUGAUUGAAAUUUACAGUGAUGCCUCUACAUGACCUAUAAAAGCAAACUCAACAUACAAAGACUGGCAACUUCUGUACAGUGAUAAUUUUAGGACUGGUACCGCCGCAGUGGGUAAGGUGUCAGAUGAAACAGUUUAUAGCAUGGAGGGAAAACCACUUUUCUUCGGCUUUUACUACAGCAAGUAUUAACAGUUUGUGUUACAUUUAACCUCCUCUGACAAGAUA